AUGGCACUUUGCCGGCAAAGGAAUCGGUGGAAGUUGAUAGUUUGCUUUUUUGGGGCUUCUAUAGUGGGAUAUUUUAUUUUUAACAGGCAUAAUACCGGUGACAUACCUGGAACAGGUCGAAGAGAGGUUCCCAUUGAGCAAGAUGUUGCGAAUGAAAUGCUUGAAAAGCCUGUUUAUGACAAACCGCCGUUGGAUUUAAAUGCCUUGGGAGAAAUGGGCAGAGCUGUCAAAUUGAACCUCGUCGGCGAGGAGAAGAAACAAGAGGAGGAAAGUAUUAAUAAACACCAGAUUAAUACCUAUGUGAGUGAUCUGAUAUCUCUCCACCGCAGUCUACCUGAACAAUGGAAUCCUCUGUAAGUUGACAGUGAGUUUGAGUGUGGUGUUUAUGAUAUUUUCCCUACAUUCUCUUGUGACGUAAGAGUGUUUGAUAAAGCUUUUCUAAAAUAUGACUGACUGAAUAUGAAGUAGCCUAGCCCUAUUGUAUACUCGCGAUCAACCCAUUGUGGCAAACCCCUUUGAGUAUUUCUAAAUGCCAAAAUAACAGGCAAGGCAGUGCUUGAUUUUGUAAGGUUGGAUAAAGUCAGGUCACUGACAAAGCUCGUACAGCUGUUUCUUUUGUUUACUACAGCGCAAGGAAUUAUGUAUUAAAUGACUAGAUGCCUGUUGAGCCAUGUGCAAAGAGUUAAUAAAGUCCUGCGGCCAUAUCUCAGUCAGAUGUCCAAGCAUAAUGGUAACCAACAACAUUGACCAAAAACACAGAACUGAUUUUCUUUCUUCCUACUCUUAGACACUUUUUUGAAAAAUGGCCCAGAUCUAUUAGCCAGUGUGACAGAUCUGUUUGUGCUAUAAUUCCACUCCUCGUCAUGCCAAUGACAGUGAGUGACAAGGAGAAGCAUGAUGGAAAGGGGAUAUCUAGGUCUUUGGAUCAGGCUAGCUACAGAUUUAUAUCAAGUGAACUCUUUAUCCCUACUUCUCCAGUUGUAAGGACCUGAAGUAUGACUAUAGGUCAUUGCCAUCCACCACAGUGGUGAUCGCCUUCUACAAUGAGGCCUGGUCAACGCUGCUACGCACUGUCCACAGUGUCCUGGAGACCUCACCCGACAUACUGCUACGAGAGGUGGUGCUGGUGGACGACUAUAGUGACAGAGGUACAAUCAUAUAUAAUGUACUACCAGUCAAAAGUUUGAAAUACUAUGAAAUAACACACAUGGAAUCAUGUCGUAGCCAAAAAAGUGUUAAACAAUAGCCACCCUUUGCCUUGAUGACAGCUUUGCGCACUCUUGGCAUUCCCUCAACCAGCUUCAUGAGGUAGUCAGGUGACUACCUGUAAUGCAUUUCAAUUAACAGGUGUGCCUUCUUAAAAGUAGAUGUGUGGAAUUUCUUUCCUUAAUGCUUUUGAGCCAAUCAGUUGUGUUGUGACAAGGUAGAGGGGGUAUACAGAAGAUAGCCCUAUUUGGUAAAAGACCAAGUCCAUAUUAUGGUAAGAACAGCUCAAAUAAGCAAAGAGAAAUGACAGUCCAUCAAUACUUUAAGACAUGAAGGACAGUCAAUACGGAACAUUUCAAGAACUUUGAAAGUUUCUUCAAGUGCAGUCGCAAAAACCAUCAAGCGCUAUGAUUAAACUGGCUCUCAUGAGGACCACCACAGGAAUGGAAGACCCAGAGUUACCUCUGCUGCAGAGGAUACGUUAAUUAUAGUUACCAGCCUCAAUUGCAGCCCAAAUAAAUGCUUCAUAGAGUUCAAGUCACAGACACAUCUCAACAUCAACUGUUCAGAGGGGACUGUGUGAAUCAGGCCAUGGUUGAAUUGCUGCAACAACAAAAAAAACACUACUAAAGGACACCAAUAAGAAGAAGAGACCUGCUUGGGCCAAGAAACACGAGCAAUGGACAUUAGACUGGUGGAAAUUUGUCCUUUGGUCUGAUGAGUCCAAAUUUCAGAUUUUUGGCUCCAACCGCCGUGUAUUUGUGAGACACGGUGUGGGUGAACGGAUGAUCUCCGCAUGUGUGGUUCCCACCGUGAAGCAUGGCGGAGGAGGUGUUAUGGUGUGGGGGGUGCUUGUCUGUGAUUUAUUUAGAAUUCAAGGCACACUGGAUGGCAGAGUGAAGGAAAAGCAGCCAACAAGUGCUCAGCAUAUGUGGGAACUCCUUCAAGACUGUUUGAAAAGCAUUCCAGGUGAAGCUGGUUGAGAGAAUGCCAAGAGUGUGCAAAGCUGUCAUCAAGGCAAAGGGUGGCUAUUUGUAGAAUUUCAAAUAUAAAAUAUAUUUUUAUUUGUUUGACACUUUCUUUGGUUACUAUAUAUAUACAUACAUACAUACAGUUGAAGUCAGAAGUUUACAUACACCUUAGCCAAAUACAUUUAAACUCAGUUUUUCACAAUUCCUGACAUUUAAUCCUAGUAAAAAUUCACUGUCUUAGGUCAGUUAGGAUCACCACUUUAUUUUAAGAAUGUGAAAUGUCAGAAUAAUAGUAGAGAGAAUUACUUAUUUCAGCUUUUAUUUAUUUCAUCACAUUCCCAGUGGGUCAGAAGUUUACAUACACUCAAUUAGUAUUAAGUAGCAUUGCCUUUAACUUGUUUAACUUGGGUCAAACGUUUCGGGUAGCCUUCCACAAACUUCCCACAAUAAGUUGGGUGAAUUUUGGCCCAUUCCUCCUGACAGAGCUGGUGUAACUGAGUCAACAACAGCCCUUUUUGUUCCCUCUCAGCUCAUUUGAAGGAGCCGUUAGAAAACUACAUCUCCAGCUUGAAGAAGGUGCAUCUGAUCCGGGCCAGGAAGAGGGAGGGCCUGGUGCGGGCCAGGCUCCUGGGGGCCUCCAUCGCCACGGGCGACGUGCUGACCUUCCUGGACUGCCACUGUGAAUGCCACAAGGGCUGGCUGGAGCCCCUGCUCGACAGGUGAGAAAUCCUGUAGCGGGCCAGGUGAGGACUGUUCUUCAGUCUAGUUGUGGGACCUUAGUUUCCACAUGUAAAGUGGUACCUCCCUCCAUUCCUUAUACUCUGCAGUUGAAUGUAUCAUGCUGCUGUAGCUAGAUUUGGAUAUGUGUAGCUAUGUGAACUAUUUCCCCCACCCAUCCCCUUUCACACUAAUCCCAAGCCUCCAAAGGCCUGUUCCAAAUGGGGCCUGUUGUGAGACCUUUCUCUCCCUCCUCACCUCUCAUCACCCCUCUGCCCCAGGAUUAAGGAGGAGCCGUCAGCUGUGGUGUGUCCCGUCAUUGAUGUCAUCGACUGGAACACCUUCCAGUAUCUAGGCAACCCCGGGGAACCCCAGAUCGGAGGGUUUGAUUGGCGGCUGGUCUUCACCUGGCACUCGGUGCCAGAGUACGAGCAGAAACGCAGGCGCUCUGCCAUCGAUGUCAUCAGGUCUGUGGUACCCUACAUUAGAAACAGGCGCUCUGCCAUCGAUGUCAUCAGGUCUGUGGUACCCUUUAUUAGAAACAGGCGCUCUGCCAUCGAUGUCAUCAGGUCUGUGGUACCCUAUAUUAGAAACAGGCGCUCUGCCAUCGAUGUCAUCAGGUCUGUGGUACCCUAUAUUAGAAACAGGCGCUCUGCCAUCGAUGUCAUCAGGUCUGUGGUACCCUAUAUUAGAAACAGGCGCUCUGCCAUCGAUGUCAUCAGGUCUGUGGUAUCCUACAUUAGAAAGAGGCGCUCUGCCAUUGAUGUCAUCAGGUCGGUGGUAUCCUAUAUUAGAAACAGGCGCUCUGCCAUUGAUGUCAUCAGGUCUGUGGUACCCUAUAUUAGAAACAGGCGCUCUGCCAUCGAUGUCAUCAGGUCUGUGGUAUCCUAACAACCUCAGUGUAUCGGAGAGGAAAAUAGUCUAAUCCUCAGUUAACUUUCAAGAUGUACUUUUAACAAUUUGAUAUGCAUAUUAUGUAGAGAUGAACAAUUGUUAUACAUACCAUAGGCUGUAUGAUUUCUGAUAAUUAUGGAAAAAGUUUUCAAGAUCUGCUCUGUAAGCUGUGUCUGUUUUGGUCCCAGGUCUCCUACUAUGGCUGGUGGGCUUUUUGCUGUCAGUAAGAACUAUUUCCAUUACCUGGGCACGUAUGACACAGGCAUGGAGGUGUGGGGAGGAGAGAACCUAGAGUUCUCAUUUAGGGUGAGUGUAGGUGAGAAAGAGAAUGUGAGUGUGUUUGUGUGUGUGUGUGUGUGUGUGUGUGUGUGUGUGAGUGAGAGUGAUACAUGUGGGCUUGCUGAACUCUGGGCUGUUUAUCCAUGCUUUUUUCCUGAUGUUGCUGUGAUAAGUUAAAAACCCACUGGAAUCCAGUAACCGAUGGUCAUCAUACUGUUGUGAAAUAUGUGGUGAUUCACACAAGGCUGCAAUGUUUACACUUUCAUGAUAUAAAUCCCCAAAUAUGGGAAAAACUAGGUCACCACUGUGCUGUUUUAGAUAAACAAAAUCGGCCUUUCUAUUCCCUAAUCAAAAUCACAUGAAAGAACUCGAAACCAAAAGUUACCACCGUCAAUAAAGGUUCCGCAGUCAAUAAAGUUGCAAAGUUUGAAGAAUCUAAACCAGCACAGAUCUCAUGUUUCCUUCAGUUACUUCCUGUGGGAAAGAAAACAAAACCGCCAUACAACAACAGAACUACCUCCCCUUUUUAUAAAGACACACAAAGCUGCUGCAUUGUGCUUCGUGAUUGAAUCAUGGUGUGUAGCUAAUCAUGUCCUCGUGUUGCUGUUGUUGUUAUUUAGAUCUGGCAGUGCGGGGGAAGCCUGGAGGUCCACCCCUGCUCCCACGUGGGCCACGUCUUCCCCAAGAAGGCCCCCUAUUCGCGGAGUAAGGCCCUGGCCAACAGCGUGCGUGCUGCCGAGGUCUGGAUGGACGAGUACAAGGAGUUGUACUACCACCGUAACCCCCACGCACGCCUGGUAGGCCAGCACUGAACAGGGACUAGCGAACCCCCACACACGCCUGGUAGGCCAGCACUGAACAGGGACUAGCGAACCCCCACACACGCCUGGUAGGCCAGCACUGAACAGGGACUAGCGAACCCCCACACACGCCUGGUAGGCCAGCACUGAACAGGGACUAGCGAACCCCCACACACGCCUGGUAGGCCAGCACUGAACAGGGACUAGCGAACCCCCACACACGCCUGGUAGGCCAGCACUGAACAGGGACUAGCGAACCCCCACACACGCCUGGUAGGCCAGCACUGAACAGGGACUAGCGAACCCCCACACACGCCUGGUAGGCCAGCACUGAACAGGGACUAGCGAACCCCCACACACGCCUGGUAGGCCAGCAUUGACCAGGGACUAGCGAACCCCCACACACGCCUGGUAGGCCAGCAACGGCAUGCUCCGUUCCGCGCCAACCCAGGUGCCAGGCUGCCAGCAGGCCUGGGUUCAAAUACUAGUUGAAAUCAUUUCAAAUACUUCAGCUGGGCUUAAUUGAGCAUGCCUGAUACAAUGGAACCAAUGGAAUGGUUGGAAAAUGUGCAAACUCUGCCCAUCUGGCACUCCGGGCAGGCUAAAGCAAAUGCAAAAAGUAUUUGAAAGAUUUCAAAUAAUAUUUUAACCCAAGUCUGCCAGGGUACCAGGCUGCCAGUGUAUGUAGUUAAAGGGAGAGGCUCUCUAAACGAAUCAGAUGGCACUCAUCUCUCCACAAACACCCAUUCGCUCUCACUCACUAUCUCUCCAUCUGUCGGUUUCUGACCCAACUAUCUCUUUCUUUCUCUUCCACGACCCCCCCCCCCCCCCCCCCCCCCCCCCCUGCUUAUUCCCUCCUGAUCUGUAAUAUUAAGGAAGUCUCGAGGUUCUGCUUGCCUGAGUUAGAAUACCUCAGGAUAAGCUGUAGACCAGGGGUACUCAACUACUUUUUAAGAAGGUCCAGUGACACAAAUUUCCUAGGUGGCAAAGGUCCGGAUGGAUAUCGUCCGUUAUCGGCGUAGUAACAAACAUACUCUUCUACGACUUAGGAAAUAAAAUGUACAUUAAAUGAGACAAACAAUUUGAAUGAAUUACAACUUCUUUCGAAUGUAAACAUGUGCAACAUUGCAUCAACAUAGCUGAAGAACAAAAGUGGUUGCAUAAUUGUCUAUGCAAAAAGUGCACCGUGAACCAUUGAAUAAAAAACAAAAUGUUUAUAUACAGUACCAGUCAAAAGUUUGGACACACCUACAGUGGGGAAAAAGUAUUUAGUCAGCCACCAAUUGUGCAAGUUCUCCCACUUAAAAAGAUGAGAGAGGCCUGUAAUUUUCAUCAUAGGUACACGUCAACUAUGACAGACAAAAUGAGGGAAAAAAAAUCCAGAAAAUCACAUUGUAGGAUUUUUAAUGAAUUUAUUUGCAAAUUAUGGUGGAAAAUAAGUAUUUGGUCAAUAACAAAAGUUUCUCAAUACUUUGUUAUAUACCCUUUGUUGGCAAUGACACAGGUCAAACGUUUUCUGUAAGUCUUCACAAGGUUUUCACACACUAUUGCUGGUAUUUUGGCCCAUUCCUCCAUGCAUAUCUCCUCUAGAGCAGUGAUGUUUUGGGGCUGUCGCUGGGCAACACGGACUUUCAACUCCCUCCAAAGAUUUUCUAUGGGGUUGAGAUCUGGAGAAUGGCUAGGCCACUCCAGGACCUUGAAAUGCUUCUUACGAAGCCACUCCUUCGUUGCCCGGGCGGUGUGUUUGGGAUCAUUGUCAUGCUGAAAGACCCAGCCACGUUUCAUCUUCAAUGCCCUUGCUGAUGGAAGGAGGUUUUCACUCAAAAUCUCACGAUACAUGGCCCCAUUCAUUCUUUCCUUUACACGGAUCAGUCGUCCUGGUCCCUUUGCAGAAAAAGAGCCCCAAAGCAUGAUGUUUCCACCCCAUGCUUCACAGUAGGUAUGGUGUUCUUUGGAUGCAACUCAGCAUUCUUUGUCCUCCAAACACGACGAGUUGAGUUUUUACCAAAAAGUUAUAUUUUGGUUUCAUCUGACCAUAUGACAUUCUCCCAAUCCUCUUCUGGAUCAUCCAAAUGCACUCUAGCAAACUUCAGACGGGCCUGGACAUGUACUGGCUUAAGCAGGGGGACACGUCUGGCACUGCAGGAUUUGAGUCCCUGGCGGCGUAGUGUGUUACUGAUGGUAGGCUUUGUUACUUUGGUCCCAGCUCUCUGCAGGUCAUUCACUAGGUCCCCCCGUGUGGUUCUGGGAUUUUUGCUCACCGUUCUUGUGAUCAUUUUGACCCCACGGGGUGAGAUCGAGGGAGAUUAUCAUUGGUCUUGUAUGUCUUCCAUUUCCUAAUAAUUGCUCCCACAGUUGAUUUCUUCAAACCAAGCUGCUUACCUAUUGCAGAUUCAGUCUUCCCAGCCUGGUACAGGUCUACAAUUUUGUUUCUGGUGUCCUUUGACAGCUCUUUGGUCUUGGCCAUAGUGGAGUUUGGAGUGUGACUGUUUGAGGUUGUGGACAGGUGUCUUUUAUACUGAUAACAAGUUCAAACAGGUGCCAUUAAUACAGGUAACGAGUGGAGGACAGAGGAGCCUCUUAAAGAAGAAGUUACAGGUCUGUGAGAGCCAGAAAUCUUGCUUGUUUGUAGGUGACCAAAUACUUAUUUUCCACCAUAAUUUGCAAAUAAAUUCAUAAAAAAUCCUACAAUGUGAUUUUCAGGAUUUUUUUCCCUCAAUUUGUCUGUCAUAGUUGACGUGUACCUAUGAUGAAAAUUACAGGCCUCUCUCAUCUUUUUAAGUGGGAGAACAUGCACAAUUGGUGGCUGACUAAAUACUUUUUUCCCCCACUGUACUCAAAGGUUUUUCUUUGUUUUUACUAUUUUCUACAUUGUAGAAUCAUGUAGUAACCAAAAAAGUGUUAAACAAAUCAAAAUAUAUUUAUUUUAUAUUUGAGAUUCUUCAAAUAGCCACCCUUUGCCUUGAUGACAGCUUUGCACUCUCUUGGCAUUCUCUCAACCAGCUUCACCUGAAAUGCUUUUCCAAUAGUCUUGAAGGAGUCCCCACAUAUGCUCAGCACUUGUUGGCUGCUUUUCCUUCACUCUGCCGUCCGACUCAUCCCAAACCAUCUCAAUUGGGUUGAGGUCGGGGGAUUGUGGAGGCCAGGUCAUCUGAUGCAGCACUCCAUCACUCUCCUUCUUGGUAAAAUAGCCCUUACACAGCCUGGAGGUGUGUUGGGUCAUUGUCCUGUUGAAAAACAAAUGAUAGUCCCACUAAGCCCAAACCAGAUGGGUCUCCUCUUCUUAUUGGUGUCCUUUAGUAGUGGUUUCUUUGCAGCAAUUUGACCAUGAAGGCCUGAUUCACACAGUCCCCUCUUAACAGUUGAUGUUCAGAUGUGUCUGACUUGAACUCUGUGAAGCAUUUAUUUGGGCUGCAAUUUCUGAGGUUGGUAACACAAAAUAACUUAUCCUCUGCAGCAGAGGUAACUCUGUGUCUUCCAGUCCUGUGGCGGUCCUGAUGAGAGCCAGUUUCAUCAUAGCGCUUGAUGGUUUUUGCCACUGCACUUGAAGAAACUUUCAAAGUUCUUUAAAUGUUCUGUAUUGACUGACCUUCAUGUCUUAAAGUAAUGAUGGACUGUCAUUUCUCUUUGCUUAUUUGAGCUGUUCUUGACAUAAUAUGCAUGUCAAGUUGUGUAUGGUUCACACUGCAGCUCUUUGCCCAAACUUGGAAAAAGGCCUCUUUAAGGACUGAAGGACGCAAGGGACAACUCAAUUUUCUUCUGACUUCUUUUAUUUAAUUCCAGUUCGUUAGUUAGCUAGUCAGUUAGUUAGGUUGAUAACCUUUAAAGGCAAAACACAAAAAGAAAUAUACAUUACUUCAAGUAAGGUCAUUUCAAAUUAAAUAUAUAAUCUCAAUGUAGUCAUAUUAUCUAAAUUAUACUAUAUAUACUAAAUUAGACAAUUGGUCUCAAUUCUAAACACAAAUAAACACCUAACUGGCAUCUAUGGGCCUUUCAUUGGCAAGGUUAGCAGCCAUGAACAUAAAUGUUUGAAACUCACUCCAUGUGAAGAGUCCUUCUCCUCUCAUAUUGUGCAAGGCCCAUUUCCCAGUGCGAACAGCUGCUUCUGCAGCACCAUUCCUGUGAGGGGAGUCUGCUGGGUGGAUCUUCCAGCUCCACUCUGUUCCAUGCUUUGAAGCUUCAUUUUCAAGCUCAGAUGUAAUUUGUUGAUCCAGGAAGUGGUAGAGCUCUUUGAGGGCAGGUCUAGCACCCACAAAGUUCUUUCCAGGAUCUGACCCCAGUUACUUUGGAUGCCCUCUCAGUGCCGUGAAUCUUUGGUAGGCCAGUAAGAAGCCUUCAGUUGACUGGUCACUGACAACAUCUGUGUGUAUAGCUCUGGAUGCCAUACAACAGAAGACAAUUCCCCACACCUUGAGCUUGACUUUCUUUCUCACCUCGUCCUUGACUUCAUAUGGUCCAAAUAAGUCCACUGCUGUGUACUCAAAUGGUCUGGCUGGUGUUAUACGCUCGGGUGGAAGGUCACUCAUGAUCUGUUGGCACUUUCUGGCCCUAGCCUUUCUGCUAGACAUUCUCUGCUUUGCUGUGCAUCACUCUGACUUUCCUUCUGAACUCCCACUUCAGGAAGUACAUCAUUCUUGUUUCUCUUGGCCUGCGCUCUGGUCAGUGCUGCAGAUAAAUAUUUCCUUUGAAGUUUGUUUAUGCCUUCCUUGGCAUAAGCUGCAAUUUCUUUGGCUGACUUCUGUGGCCACUCUUCCACAGGUUGCUGCAGGAACGCUGGUCCAUUCUGCCACAUGGAAUCUUCCGGGGCUGCCGCUCUUGUUAUGAUGUCAGCACUGUUCAGGCCUCCCGGGAUCCACCACCAGUCUUCGACGGAUGUGGAUUUCUGGAUCUCUCCAACUCUGUUCGCGAAGAAAGAUUGAUACCCAUAACUGUCUCUCUGGAUAGCUCCCACCACAGUUUGACUGUCCAGCAGAUGGAGCCAUCGUUCAAUUUCUAUACGACUGUGUUUUUCAACGUACUUUCGAAGUCGUGCUGCGCAGACAGCACCGCAGAUUUCAGCUUUCACUGCUUCCCCCUUUUGGUCCAAAGGUGUGAGUUUUGCUUUGGAUUCAACCAACCUGACUUGGAUGCCUUGCUCGGUUUCCCAUCUGAAGUACACUACGGCUCCAUAGCUCUUCUCACUUCCGUCAGAGAAUGUUAUUCCCCAAGGUUUACCAGUCCAGUUGACUGGUGUGAGGCUUCUGUGGAAGGUGAUUUGGCCAAGACGUGUGUACUCCUCAAACAGUCAAUUGUUCAGACAGAGGUUUGUCCCACGUGUUUCGGGUCAGAGUUUUGCCUCCACCUUCUUGAAACGCCUUUCUGAUAAGAAUGGCGCCCUUUUGUUUGGCAGGUGUGACGAGGCCUAUUGGGUCAUACAGGCUAGCUACUUGGCUUAGCAGUUCUCUUCUCGUCAGUGGGUUUGGAGUUUUCCCUCUCACCUCUUCUUCAAGGAGAUUUUGUCCGACUCUCAUCUUCUUUUUCCUCUUUGAGAAAUUGAUUGAAGUCAUAAGGUACAGUUUAUCCUCUUCAACAAGGUAUCCAACUCCAAGGGCUUUAGUGUCUCCUUUCCUCAUCUGGUUUGGGAGAAUAAGUACUGUGCUUGACUCCGCUCCUUGUUCUCCUGGUACGAUCUCCUGCCUCCCACUUUGGCCUGACCGGACCCAGGGUUUGAGGAAGAAUCCGCCUGUCCUCAGGAUCUCUUCAACUCUUUUGGUGUCCUUGUCCAGCUUUUGUAAGUCAUUAUGGCGAUCCUACGUUCCUCCUCCAGGUGAGCGAACAUGGCCAGUUGUGCAAUGCACCCUGCUGGUCGAUCGCCAAUAGCCUCUUGGUCUUUUACCAAAUAGGGCUAUCUUCUGUAUACCACCCCCCACCUUGUCACAACACAAUUUAUUUGCUCAAACGCAUUAAGAAGGAAAGAAAUUCCACAAAUUCACUUUUAAGAAGGCACACCUGUUAGUGCAAAUUAACUUUUUAGACUCCUUGCAUACAGUGCUGCUACUGUUUUAUUGUCUGUCACUUUAUCCUUAGUUCUAUGUACAUGUAUACCUCUGCACAUGGACUCAGUACUGGUACCCUGUGUAUAAAGCCAAGUUAUCGUUGGUCAUUGUGUAUUUAUUACAACUUGAUUUACUUUUCUAUUAAUUGUCCAUUUUCUUUCUCUUUGCAUUGUUGGGAAGGACCCGUAAGCAUUUCACUGUUACUCUACACCUGUGGUUUAUGAAGCGUGUCACAAAUAACAUUUGAUUAAUGAAAAACCUUGGGACUUUGGGGAAAGUUACCGGAAUUUUGCAACCCUAGGCUGUGGACUGUGGAUUGGAGUGUCUUUGUGCUAACAGUGACCAGGAUGCAGUGGUGGACCGCCAGUGGGAAGGGUUUAUGUGUGUGGGAGGAGUGCUUACGUUUGAGUUGAGAUUGUGUGCAACAGAAGAGGAGUGUGAUGCGAAAUUCUGUUUUUGUAGUGUCAGUGUAUGUGGUGGGUUUAGGGGAAACUUUGGAAUAACCAUAGAUGGUGCUGUUGUCUGUCAGUUCACAGAAUAAUACCCAGACACUCAAACAGACAGGAAGUCAGUUGAACAUGUAUUUCUGAGCUCAUGACUGCAUGGGCUCAAAAUAAAUAUCAUUUUAUCAUUUUAAAGGCUCUUGUUUUGUUGUGGUUGUCAGGAGGCCUUUGGGGACGUGACAGACAGGAGGAGGCUCAGGAGCCAGCUGGGAUGUAAGGACUUCAAGUGGUACCUGGAGAACAUCUAUCCUGAUAUCCAUGUCCCUGAGGACAGGCCUGGGAUGUUUGGAAUGGUGAGGAGAAUGCUGCCAUUUUGACUCCCAAGGUUGUAUUAAUUAGGCAACAAACUGAAGAAAAUGGACUGAAACUACCUGAACUUGUCCAAUAAGAAACACUUGUUAUCGUUUUCAACCCAGGCGACCUCACAUUUGCACCUCAUUAAUUAAUCUGUGUUUAUUAAAGGGAUAGUGCACUCAAAUGUCAGUUAUCAUAGGCAAUUUGACUGAACUUUCCCUUGACUCCCCACACUCAUAGCUGUACUUUAACAGCAGCAUCUACAUGUUGUUUCCCUCUAGCUGAAGAACAGAGGCAUGUCCAAUUACUGCUUUGACUACAACCCUCCUGACGACCAUAAUCUGAUGGGCCACCGGAUCAUCCUCUACCCCUGUCAUGGCAUGGGACAAAACCAGGUAGCUAUGGCGCCAUCUUUACUCUCCAUGUCCUUCAUUUAAAACCAGGUAGCUAUGGCUCCAUCUUUACUCUCCAUGUCCUUCAUUUAGUAGUGGUUCAGACACUGGUGUGCUAGCAUAAAUUGUUUUCAGGACUGCAGUGAUUGUUGUCUAGUGUUGUUAGCUUUGAUGUUACCUUGAUGUGAAAAGAACUGUGCUCAGAAUGCCACACACACCAUUACGUGUCUGUGUUCAGCUGUGCAUAGAGGAAGCCAUUUAUGCUCUCUCUGUAUUACUCCACAAGCCCCCCCCCCUUUUUCACCCCCCCCCCCCAAUCGGCUUUUCAACACAUUUACAUUGACAUUUUAGUAAUUUAGCAGACGCUCUUAUCCAGAGCCACUUACAGUUAGUGAGUGCAUACAACCAUACGACAGCAUGAAUCAGAGUUAUAAAUCACAGGGCCUGAGCUCUAACAUAGUCUAAAGGUCAUGGUCUAAAGGUCAUGGUCUAAAGGUCAUAGUCUAAAGGCCUUUAUAUCCAAGCAGCAUUGCAGUGUUAUUACUGUUUAAAAAACAGCCUGGAGGUGGUCUGCUAUACGGCUGUAACGCCUCAGCAGCUGUCAGGGUAAAGAAUGCUUUCAUGGCCAAUAGCCUAACACCUUGACCAAACCGGCCCCGUUGAUUUUGUCUAUCCCCACCAGAUGUAUUCAUGACACGAAGGUUAAUAUAUCAAACCAACUGUGAACCAACUAUAUUAAUUUGGGGACAGGUCGAAACACAUGAAGCAUUCAUGGACAUUUAGCUUGCUGUUGGAUUAUUUUACCUGAAAUGCAUAUGGUCCUUUUUUGGUGGAUCUUUGUAGAAUUUAACCCAUUUUGAGUCAUACAAAAUCGUGUGUUCUCUACUCCGACAAUUAGUCCACAGAUAACUGUAAGUCGCUCUGGAUAAGAGCGUCUGUAAAAUGUAAAUGUAAAUCAAGGGGAAACCUAGUUAGUUUUCUUUGAUUCAUCUCUGCUCGUUCAUCUUUUAAUCACCCACAUGGGUUAGUAUGCUCGUGAAAACCAAUGAGUAAAUGGGAGAGACAGAACUUGCAUGUAACGGUAAAUUGUUUUUUAACUGUGCCUGGCAGACAGCAUGUGGUAAUGGAAACGGUAUUUGACUCAGGGCUUCAGAUUAUAUAAUUGACAUUGAUAAGUACAAAAUUGCUUUGUGUAUUUGGACCGAAAUGAUAGUAAGGAAAGCAGGUACCAUGGUGUGUGAGGUCAGCUGCAUGGGACAAAACAACACACACACACACACACACACACACUGCCCACACUCUGCUGGUCUCACCCUGCAUCUCUCCUGUUGCAGUUCUUUGAGUACUCCAGUGAGAGUAGCGAGAUCCGCUAUAACACCAGGGAGCCAGCAGGGUGCGCUGUGGGGGACGCCGUCUCCACCUACCUGACCGUGCACCUGUGCAGGAAACCCCGGCAGCCUGUACCAGAGGACCAGAAGUUUGUCCUCAGAGAGGUGAGCUGGAUGGGGACUGUGUUUUCAUCCCACAUCAUGACAGCAAACAGUGAGUGAGUGAGUGAGUGAGUGAGUGAGUGAGUGAGUGAGUGAGUGAGUGAGUGAGUGAAAAGGGGGGCGGAGGGAGGGAGAGGGAGAGUGAGGGCUGGCUGGCUGGCGGAGAUAUAGGAGGACAGGCUUUUGUAAUGGAAUCAAUGUAAGGGUAUCAAACACAUGGAAAUCAUAUGUUUGAUACCGUUCCAUUCAGCCAUUACAAUGAACCAGUCCUCUUAGAUCUCUGUCCACCAGCGUCCUCUGAAGAGGGUGGAGUGGAAAACCCAGAUGAACACAUGGACAUACAGUGCCUUCAGAAAGUAUUCACACCCCUGGACUUUUUCCACAUUUUGCUGUGUUACAUCCUGAAUUUAAAAUGGAUUAAAUGUAGAUUUUUGUGUCCCUGAGCUACACAAAAUAUCCCAUAAUGUCAAAGUGGAAUUCUAUUUUUAGAAAUGUUUACAAAUUAAUUAAAAAUGAAAAGCGGAAAUGUCUUUAGUCAAUAAGUAUUCAACCCUUUUUUGUUAUGGCAAGCCUAAAUAAGUUCAGGAGUAAAACGUUGCUUAAAUUGCAUGGACUCACUCUGUCUGCAAUAAUUUUGUUUUACAUGAUUUUUAAAUGACUACCCCAUCUCGGUACCGCACACAUACAAUUAUCUGUAAGGUCCCUCAGUCGAGUAGUGAUUUUGAAACACAGAUUCAGCCACAAACACCAGGGAGGUUUUCCAAUGGUUCGCAAAGAAGGGCAACUAUUGGUAGAAAAAAUAAAUAAACAUACACACACAUUUAAAUAUUCCUUUGAGCACGGUGCAGUUAUUAAUUACACUUUGGAUGGUGUAUCAAUACACCCAGCCACUACAAAGAUACAGGCACCCUUCCUAACUCAGUUGCCAGAGAGGAAGGAAACCACUCAGGGAUUUCACCAUGAGCCCAAUGGUGACUUUAAAACAGUUAGAGUUUAAUGGUUGUGAUAGGAGAGGAUGGAUCAACAACACUGUAGUUACUCCACAAUACUAACAUAAAUGACAGAGUGAAAAGAAGGAAGCCUGUACAGAAUACAAAUAUUCCAAAACAUGCAUCCUGUUUGCAGUAAGGCACCAAAGUAAUCCUGCAAAUAUUUUGGCAAAGAAAUUAACUUUUUGUCCUGAAUACAAAGUGUUAUGUUUGGGGCAAACCCAACACAUCACCGAGUACCACUCUUCAUAUUUUAAAGCAUGGUGGUGGCUGCAUCACGUUAUGGGUAUGCUUGUCAUCGGCGAGGACUAGGGAGUUUUUCAGGAUAAAAAGAAACGGAAUAGAGCUAAGCACAGGCAAAAUCCUAGAGGAAAAAUUGGUUGUCUGCUUUCCAACAGACACUGGGAGCUAAAAUCACCUUUCAGCAGGACAAUUACCUAAAACACAAGGCUAAAUAUACACUGGAGUGGCCUAGUUACAGUUUUGUCUUAAAUCAUCUUGAAAAUCUAUGGCAAGACUUGAAAAUGGCUGUCUAGCAAUGAUCAACAACCAACACAUUUUUAAAUGAAUAAUGGGCAAUUAUUGUACAAUCCAGGUGUGCAAAGGUGAUUCUAACAUGUAUUGACUCAGGGGGUUGAAUACUUAUCUAAUCAAGAUAUAUGAGUGUUUUAUUUUCCAGAAAUGUUUAACAAAUGUUAGAAUUUGUCGUCCACUUUUACAGAGUAUUUUGAGUAGAUUGUUGACAAAAAUUGACAAUAUAAUCUGUUUUAAUCCCACUUUGUAACAUAACAAAAUGUGGAAAAGGUCAAGGGGCAUGAGUACUUUCUGAAGGCACUGUAUACAGUAGAGUACAGUACGGGUGUAGCUAAAUGUUGGUUUUCACUAAGCACUCUUGUGUUCUGUCUGUUCUGUUGACUUUCUUGUCGGAGCGGCCUCGAGGCCUUCAGAGCAUGUUCAAAGGAAAGCUUUGACAAACACUGACAUUAAGCCCUCCCCUCCCCCUCCCCUCCCCCCUCCCCUCCCCUCCCCUCCCCUCCCCUCAGCUCUCAUCUCUCUAUUUCUCUCUCUCAGCUCUACAGUGACUUGCGAAAAUAUUCACCCCCCUUGGCAUUUUUCCUAUUUUGUUGCCUUACAACCUGGAAUUAAAAUUUAUUUUGGGGGGUUUGUAUAAUUUGAUUUACACAACAUGCCUACCACUUUGAAGAUGCAAAAUAUGUUUUAUUGUGAAACAAACAAGAAAUAAGACAACAAAAACAGAACUUGAGCGUGCAUAACUAUUCACCCCCCCAAAGGCAAUACUUUGUAGAGCCACCUUUUGCAGCAAUUACAGCUGCAAGUCUCUUGGGGUAUGUCUCUAUAAGCUUGGCACAUCUAGCCACUGGGAUUUUUGCCCAUUCUUCAAGGAAAAACUGCUCCAGCUCCUUCAAGUUGGAUAGGUUCCGCUGGUGUACAGCAAUCUUUAAGUCAUACCACAGAUUCUCAAUUGGAUUGAGGUCUGGGCUUUGACUAGGGCAUUCCAAGACAUUUAAAUGUUUCCCCUUAAACCACUUGAGUGUUGCUUUAACAGUAUGGUUAAGGUCAUUGUCCUGCUGGAAGGUGAACCUCCAUCCCAGUCUCAAAUCUCUGGAAGACUGAAACAGGUUUCCCUCAAGAGUUUCCCUGUAUUUAGCGCCAUCCAUCAUUCCUUCAAUUCUGACCAGUUUCCCAGUCCCUGCCGAUGGAAAAACAUCCUCACAGCAUGAUGCUGCCACCACCAUGCUUCACUGUGGGGAUGGUGUUCUCGGGGUGAUGAGAGGUGUUGGGUUUGCGCCAGACAUAGCGUUUUUCUUGAUGGCCAAAAAGCUCAAUUUUAGUCUCAUCUGACUGAGUACCUUCUUCCAUAUGUGUGGGGAGUCUCCCACAUGCCUUUUGGCGAACACCAAACAUGUUUGCUUAUUUUUUUUGUUAAGCAAUGACUUUUUUCUGGCCACUCUUCCAUAAAGCCCAGCUCUGUGGAGUGUACAACUUAAAGUGGUCCUAUGGACAGAUACUCCAAUCUCCGCUGUGGAGCUUUGCAGCUCCUUCAGGGUUAUCUUUGGUCUUGUUGCCUCUCUGAUUAAUGCCCUCCUUGCCUGGUCCGUGAGUUUUGGUGGGCAUUUUUUAAUAAUGGAUUUAAUGGUGCUCCGUGGGAUGUUCAAAGUUUCUGAUAUUUUUUUAUAACCCAACCCUGAUCUGUACUUCUCCACAACUUUGUCCCUGACCUGUUUGGAGAGCUCCUUGGUCUUCAUGGUGCCGCUUGCUUGGUGGUGCCCCUUGCUUAGUGGUGUUGCAGACUCUGGGGCCUUUCAGAACAGGUGUAUAUAUACUGAGAUCAUGGGACAGAUCAUGUGACACUUAGAUUGCACACAGGUGGACUUUAUUUAACUAAUUAUGUGACUUCUGAAGGUAAUGGGUUGCACCAUAUCUUAUUUAGGGGUUUCAUAGCAAAGGGGGUGAAUACAUAUGCAGUUAUUUUUUUCAUUUCACUUCACCAAUUUGGACUAUUUUGUGUAUGUCCAUAACAUGAAAUCCAAAUAAAAAUCAAUUUAAAUUACAGGUUGUAAUGCAACAAAAUAGGAAAGACACCAAGGGGGAUGAAUACUUUUGCAAGGCACUGUACCUCUAUCAAUUUAAUUCAAUUCAAAGGGCUUUAUUGGCAUGGGAAACAUAUGUUUACAUUGCCAAAGCAAGUGAAAUAGAUAAUGAACAGUGAACAUUCCACUUACAAAAGUUUUCAAAGGAAUAGAGACAUUUCUGUAUAAUCUGAGGGAAAUAUGUGUCUCUAAUAUGGUCAUACAUUUGGCAGGCAGUUAGGAAAUGCAGCUCAGUUUCCACCUCAUUUUGUGGGCAGUGUGCACAUAGCCUGUCUUCUCUUGAGAGCCAGGUCUGCCUACAGUGGCCUCUCUCAAUAGCAAGGCUAUGCUCACUGAGUCUGUAGAUAGUCAAAGCUUUCCUUAAUUGUGGGUCAGUCACAGUGGUUAGGUAUUCUGCCAAUGUGUACUCUCUGUUUAGGGCCAAAUAGCAAGCCAGUUUGCGCUGUUUUUUGGUUAAUUCUUUCCAAUGUGUCAAGUAAUUAUCUUUUUGUUUUCUCAUGAUUUCGUUGGGUCUAAUUAUGUUCCUGUUGCUGUCCUGGGACUCUGUGGGGUCUGUUUGUGUUUGUGAACAGAGCCCCAGGACCAGCUUGCUUAGGGGACUCUUCUCUAGGUUAAUCUCUCUGUAGGUGAUGGCUUUGUUAUCCAUCUCUCUCCCUCUCAGCUCUCUCAUUUUCAUGCUCUUUCAGCGCUACCUCUCUCAGCACUCUUUCUCUCUUGCGCUCUCUCUCUCUCACCCUCAAGUGCCUUAGCCUCCACAGACUCCAACUCCCUUCAGAUACAGACUCAUCCCAGUAUCACUUUAGUAGAUCUUAAUACCCCUAGUCUCUCUAUGGAAUAUUAUCAAAUAUUAUUAUCAAAUAAUGUCUUCUGGAUAACUUUGAAGUAUCUCAGGUGAUGUGUUUUUGUGGAGGUUCGUACACAAUGGAUCAUAAAGCAUUGAGGUAGCCUAUUGACUGGGUGUACAGUCCAUGCUUGUUGUGGUAGUUUAGCACAGGUAUAUGUGUUCAGUGUUUCCAGCAGGGGCGCAACUUUCACUGGGGACGGGGGGGACAUGUUCGUCCCCCCCCCCCACAUUCUGAAAUGGCAUUUUGUCCCCCCCCCCCCCCCCCCAGUUUUAGCAUUGGAAUGUGAUACAAAACGAGGCAACGGUGUGCUUUAGGACCAUGCAGACGCCUCCGAGCGGUCGGGUAGGCUGUUUCACGUGUUUAUCCGACUGGAUUAAAAAACAUAUAUAAAUGUAUGUCCCCCCACUUCUAAAACCAAAGUUGCACCCCUGGUUUCCAGACAUGUUAAUAGCUGGAGGGAGAGGGAGCAGUUGACAGAAGGCGAGGGACAGUUUCUUGGCCUUCUCCGCAUUAAAACAUGAGGAUUUGAAUGGAUUGUGAUAUGGCUGUUUUCACACUGCACUGCUCCCCUCUCUGUAAUGUAUGUAUGUAGUCUACACACCAGUGGUUCACAGCUCCACUACUCCAGGGCUGUAUCCAGUCCUACUGGUGUUAAUAUCUCCUUGGCGCUAAAUUUCAUUGGUUGGCUAGUGUGUCCACACACUUGGUUGUUUAGGUAGAUAUUAGCUGGUUAAAGGGAAGGAUUUUAGAACAGCAUAAGGUAAUAGGCCUUAAGGACCAGGACAUUGCUUCCCUACUCUAUACUAGUGGUCCAUUUGGCCUGUCUUGUAAAAUAGAUUGUAUUUCAAUAACCUGUAUAAAUAAAGGUAACGUUUUUUAUAACUCCUCUCCACUAGGACGACAGCCUCUACCACGUGAUGACCCAGAAGUGUGUCCAGGCCGUGGACAAGACAGACAACGACAGCCCUGCCCCCGCCCUGCGGCCCUGCUCAGACCACGCCAACCAGAAGUGGUUUUUUGAGGAGAGGGGUUCAUAGUGGAGCGGGCCUGCUGAAAUCCCUGGGGUGAAGGGUCAACCACACUCUUAACCCUGGGGUAGAGGGCUGGAGGGACCCCAAUACUCAGGUCCAGCGUCCUUAUGCUGUGGAGAUGGCCUGGGUCAUAUUCACUAGAAACAAAACAGAAGAAAAUGGUCUGAAACGGGGAGGUUCUAUCUGAAGUAGUCCAAUAGGAAUCAUUCCGUUUUCUGUUGCACACCGUUUUGACCUAAUGAAUAUGACCCUGGUCAGGCUAAACGUUAUCUCACCUCCUGUAUCUAUGCACAACCGUGUGCUUGCUGGACAACGUUGACAUUUUCGUAUUUGAUUAUUUGAUAUUAACGCAUACCACAUAUCUACUUCUCAAAUCUUUUUUUUGUGGCAAUUUUUAAAAAUCUGGGAGACGGAGGAGGUUGGGAAUGGACUGGGAUAUUUGUGACACAUUUUUAAAUCCAGGGUAUAGUGUGGGAUUUAAUGACAUGCUGGCAUUGUACUUGGCAUUGUGCUUGUUUUUCCUUGGUUAAGGAAGAGGGGUGAAACCAAGGUGCAUUCCACCUAUCUGUUCAUCUGACUGAAGCCACACCUGCUUUUUAUUCUCACGUUCUUUCUCUGGAACACGGGACCACUUAGCAGCUGGUAGUGGAUGUUUUUGGCAUUGCAUUGAUCUUGACAGACACUUAUGUACUUGCAUUACAUUAUAGCUGUAAAUCUCAGACUCAACCUCUAGAGAGAGCCAAAGCUUCCAUCUUGUGUGCUGAUUUAUUUCACUCCAUCCAGCAUGUUCUCAGUGAUGUGAUGCGAGUUGUACAUUAUUCAGGUAUUUUUGGGAGCAAGUUCUUUGUUUUAUACGUGUUUAUUUUUAUUUUUUAUAAGUGCUAACUACUCUAACCAGUCCCUCCAGGAUUUUGUGGGGUUUUUUUGUGUGAUAUUUGCGGGGAAAAAAUCUUGCAAGGCAGUAUGCAACGAUUUUGUUCAAUUUGUUGACGUGUAGCUUGAUUGUACAGCUUAAAUGUACAGUGAUUGGUUAACAUUUUUGUACUGCCGUGAUGGAUCAGUUUUAUGCGAUAAUAUUGAAUUAUUUAUGCAGAAAUAGUGUGGUGAUUGGUCAAAUUUGCAAGCCCUCGCAUAAUAUGUGGGAUCACAGAAUCCUGGAGGGACUGUUUAACAUUCGAUUGGCUCAGCUCAUAGGCUUAUGACAACACGCAGUACCUCUUUAUCCACUCGACUACUGAUCGUAGGAGAAAUUCCACUCCAGUCUUUAGUUGUGUUCAUUCAUAACUUUGAUGUCAGCACUCCCAAUUGAAACUUUUCUGAAAGAAGGAAUACUUUAAUGUUUUUUGGUCUAACAUACGUCUUGUCAAUGCAAUCAAAUCCUAGUGAGAUUGUUAUUUUCCUAAUCGAGUGAAGCUACUAAGACUAAACGUAGCUACAGUUGAAGUCGGAAGUUUACAUACACCUUAGCCAAAUACAUUUAAACUCAGUUUUUCACAAUUCCUGACAUUUAAUCCUAGUAAAAAUUCCCUGUUUUAGGUCAGUUAGGAUCACCACUUUAUUUUAAGAAUGUGAAAUCUCAGAUUAAUAGUAGAGAGAAUGACUUAUUUCAGCUUUUAUUUCUUUCAUCACAUUCCCAGUGGGUCAGAAGUUUACAUACACUCAAUUAGUAUUUGGUAGCAUUGCCUUUAAAUUGUUUAACUUGGGUCAAAUGUUUCGCGUAGACUUCCACAAGCUUCCCACAAUAAGUUGGGUGAAUUUUGGCCCAUUCCUCCUGACAGAGCUGGUGUAACGGAGUCAGGUUUGUAGGCUUCCUUGCUCGCACAUGCUUUUUCAGUUCUGCCCACAUAUUUUUUUAUAGAAUUGAGGUCAGGGCUUUGUGAUGGCCACUCCAAUACCUUGACUUUGUUGUCCUUAAGCCAUUUUGCCACAACUUUGGAAGUAUGCUUGGGGUCAUUGUCCAUUUGGAAGACCCAUUUGCAACCAAGCUUUAACUUCCUGACUGAUGUCUUGAGAUGUUGCUUCAAUAUAUCCACAUAAUUUUCCUUCCUCAUGAUGCCAUCUAUUUUGUGAAGUGCACCAGUCCCUCCUGCAGCAAAGCAUGAUGCUGCCACCCCCGUGCUUCACGGUUGGGAUGGUGUUCUUCGGCUUGCAAGCGUUCCCCUUUUUCCUCCAAACAUAACGAUGGUCAUUAAGGCCAAACAGUUCUAUUUUUGUUUCAUCAGACCAGAGGACAUUUCUCCAAAAAGUACGAUCUUUGUCCCAAUGUGCAGUUGCAAACUGUAGUCUGGCUUUUUUUAUGGCGGUUUUGGAGCAGUUGCUUCUUCCUUGCUGAGCGGCCUUUCAGGUUAUGUCGAUAUAGGACUCGUUUUACUGUGGAUAUAGAUACUUUUGUACCUGUUUCCUCCAGCAUCUCCACAAGGUCCUUUGCUGUUGUUCUUGGAUUGAUUUGCACUUUUCGCACCAAAGUACGUUCAUCUCUAGGAGACAGAACGCGUCUCCUUCCUGAGCGGUGUGACAGCUGCGUGGUCCCAUGGUGUUUAUACUUGUGUACUACUGUUUGUACAGAUGAACGUGGUACCUUCAGGCAUUUGGAAAUUGCUCCCAAGGAUGAACCAGACUUGUGGAGGUCUACAAUUUUUUUUCUGAGGCCUUGGCUGAUUUCUUUUUUUAUUUUCCCAUGAUGUCAAGCAAAGAGGCACUGAGUUUGAAAAUAGCCCUUGAAAUACAUCCACAGGAACACCUCCAAUUGACUCAAAUGAUGUCAAUUAGCCUAUCAGAAGCUUCUAAAGCAAUGACAUCACUAUCUGGAAUUUUCCAAGCUGUUUAAAGGUACAGUCAACUUAGUGUAUGUAAACUUCUGACCCACUGGAAUUGUGUUACAGUGAAAUAAUCUGUCUGUAAACAAUUGUUGGAAAAAAUACUUGUAUCAUGCACAAAGUAGAUGUCCUAACCGACUUGCCAAAACUAUAGUUUGUUAACAAGACAUUUGUGGAGUGGUUGAAAAACUAGUUUUAAUGACUCCAACCUAAGUGACUCCAACCUAACUUCCGACUUCAACUGUGUAUUGGGUGUGUUAAUUACAUUACAAUUCAUGUUUAUUUUAAAUGAUAUAUUUACUCAAUGUUUGUUUACUUACUUAUGAAUCAUCGUUCAUGUCAGCGUGUAUUACUAUCUUUAUUAAUUCAGCACUAAGUGAAUCGAUCCACUUGACUUUAUUUAUAGCAACAACAAAUGGGGAAAACAAUUGUUGACAAUAAAUAGGAAACGUUCCUUAAGGCCAUCAUUUGGGCCAUUUUACCCAGAAGCCUUACCUGAUGCAAAAAGAGAUGGAAAGAUACCCAUGGAAUUAUAAAACAAAUCCACAUUUUCAUUAAAAGAAAUUAAGGACAAAUCUCAAACGAUACCCACUUAUUCCCUAUAUAGUGCACUAUAGUACAGAGGUCGGGUCACACACAUUUCCUCGGUGGCAAAGGUUAUCAACGUAGUAACAAACCCCAACGUUGCGACCCAAAACUGUUCAAACUGUUCACACCCCUCUUGUUGGCGGAGAUAAAACAAGUUGCAGUUUGAAAUCUAAUUUCCUGAAAUUCUACACAUUUUGCUGUGUCUUAUGUGUGUUCGUUCAUAUGAUACCUGAGUAGCUCAACAAAAUCAAUGGGGGCUCCCUGGGGGUGGAGGCCCCUGUGCACAUAAUCAGAUAACUACAAGAUGUAGAUAGGCAAGUUAGGCUAACCAGCUAUCUAGCUGACAUGCACUAGUAGUAAUUAACUGGACAUUUCUGACAGGUUAUAAAUAGCUCUCUAUGGUCUGUCAGUGAAUGACAUAACAAGAGGAAAACUGCCCAUGCACUACCACAUUUACAAAUUGCACCUUGUGCAUUCUAUUAUUAUAACUCUCAACAGCAGUAAGUUGAAAUCCCGACUGAGAUUCCCAAAGAAUUAAUCAUUUUUAUUUCGUCAGGACCUGCGGUCCAUAUCGACCCCUUUCUUGAUCCAGAUUACCCCGUUCUGGGUCCGGAUUGACCCCGUUCUGGGUCCGGAUUGAUCCAGUUGAGUAUGGGCUGCUAUAGGGCACAAGGUGUCAUCAAGACCGGGUGAAUCACAAAAUGUCAACCAAUUCCCUGUAUAGUGCGCUACUUUUGAACAUGGCCCAUAUGGUUCUGGUCAAAAGUAGUGCACUAUAUAGGAAAUAGGGUGCCAAUUGGGACGUAGACAUAUUGUUGCGCCAGGGAGUUGAAUAAAUAUGAGAUGAUGUUUCCUCAGUUAUAGUAGUGUUAUUUACUGUUUCCUUAGUCAUCUGUUAUUCCAGGCAUGUCACUACAUUGUAAAACAUGUUAAUUUGACAUGGUAGAUGACCGCAGUAAAUUGGAUAAGUGACCAUUCACCAGGUUUACUUAAUAUCUUUCUGGCAGGUCAUAGAAUGGGGAGGCACUUCUCUAUCACCGUACAUCAUAAAGUGUGAUGUUCCGCUAGCUGUCCAGACGUUCUCUGUCUGUAUGGGACACAGUACUCUGGGUGCGUCCCUAGUGGCACCCUGUUCCCUAUGUUGGGCACUACUUUUUUUAAAGAGAUUGUUCAAUCAAUAUGCUGUUCUUCAUUCACCAGUGGCCUUAACCAUCAACAGAAAAUUAGAUAUUAAUUCAGAAUAUUUUUUAUUUUAUUUUUAGGAACUGAUCAUCAAAUGGAACAGAUUUGAUGACACUGAGUUUGUAGUCAUAUUAAUGUACCAUUUUCUAGUACCAUUCUGAAAAAGUAUUUCAUGUGUAACGUUUAAUUUCUGAAUAAUAAUAAUAAUAAUACAAAGUAAAACUUUUAAGUAUUGUAUUCUUGGUUGGUAUGUAUUUUCUUCAAAGCACAAAUGCCUGAAUUCACACCAUCUUUCCCCUUCAUACCAUUACAGUACACGACAUUGUAUUUAUGUACAUUUCAGAUGCCUAUCUAUGUAAUUUGCUGUGGGCUACCACACAGGCAGGUAUUUUUCGAGUACUGUACCUUAAAAAAAAAAAAGUAUCCCCCCAAAAAGAACACUACACAUAUCAUUUACAUUUUCCAUAUAUGACUCAUCCAUCCCAGUCAUAAUAAUAUAGACUGAUGCUGGUGGAUCCAUUCCCAUUAUCCUCUUUGUGGAGAGAGAGAGAGUUAUGUUCAAAUCAUAUUUGAUUGGUUUUAACACCAGCUGCUGUGUGAGAUGGUGAAAUGUCGAGCUCAUGCCAAGUACCUCUCUUCCCCCUGUGCCUCAGCAAUGCCCUGCAGUCUUCCUCAAUUACUCAUUCAUGAAGCUCCGCUGUUUGAUAUUUCAUAGGGUGCCUGCGUGGGCCUCUUUGUGUGUGGUGUCAUCUGCCUAGGCUGGCUCUCUGGGGCAGUGGAGGAAAGAAAGGGGAUUAGAACCUUGGUAGUUAAGAGUUAGAGCUGUGUUCACUGUCUCUCUUCUCACAGAAACACUGAAGGGAACUAGCUGGGGCCUGUUCAGGAAGGCUGAAAUGUUCCUUUGUGUUGCAAAUUGUAACCUCAUAAACCGACAUUUAACAAAGAUGUGAUUUUCUUAAAAUCAUGGAGUGAAGACCUGUGGUCUAUCUGUAGAGCAGAUAUAAGAUAUCUAUUUCGGAACAUUUCAGUCUGCUGAACGCACAGCUGGGGGUCAAGCUGCUGGCUCUUUCUCACAGAAUGACACGCUCUCGGAAGGACUAGAUGGAACCCUUCACAUUCUGACAGGCACUAAUGCUGCCGAGAUGUCAAUCUGCUUUAGCUAAAGAUCAGCGCUGAGUACUAUACACUCCUUGUAUAGUGUAUAUAUUGUAUUUUUGCCAUUGUGAAUAGUGUAUGGUAUGUGUAAAAAUUCAGCGUUCCCAGAAAUAUAAUGCAUAAGUUGUUAACGCGGAAAGACCUUAAUAACCUUCUCCAGGAAAUAGAUGUAUCUUUAUGUAUAAUAGUGAUGUACACUACCGGUCAAAAGUUUUAGAACACCUACUCAUUCAAGGGUUUUUCUUUAUUUUUACUAUUUUUCUACAUUGUAGAAUAAUAGUGAAGACAUAAACUAUGAAAUAACACAUAUGGAAUGAUGUAGUAACCAAAAAAGUGUUAAAUAAAUCAAAAUAUAUUUUAUAUUUGGGAUUCUUAUGAGCUGUUCUUGCCAUAAUAUGGAAUUGGUCUUUUACCAAAUAGGGCUAUCUUCUGUAUACCCCCCCCUACCUUGUCACAACACAACUGAUUGGCUCAAUUGCAUUAAGAAGGAAAUAAAUUCCACAAAUUAACUUUUAAGAAGGCACACCUGUUAAUUGAAAUGCAUUCCAGGUGACUACCUCAUGAAGCUGGUUCAGAGAAUGCCAAGAGUGUGCAAACUUCCUACAUGAUUCCAUAUGUGUUAUUUCAUAGUUUUGAUGUCUUCACUAUUAUUCUACAAUGUAGAAAAUAGUAAAAUAAAGACAAUCCCUUGAAUGAGUAGGUGUUCUAUAACUUUUGACUAGUAGUGUACAUAUUUUGAACGCAUGUGAAGUGUUGGUCCUGUGUUUCAUGAGCUGAAAAAAAACAUCCCAGAAUUUUCAAUAUGCACAAAAAUAGUAUUUCUCUCAAAUUUUGUGCACAAAUUUGUUUACAACCCUGUUAGUGAGCAUUUCUCUUUUCCAAAGAUAAUUCAUCUACCUGACAGGUGUGGCAUAUCAAGAGGCUGAUUAAACAGCAUGAUAAUUACACAGGUGCACCUUGUGCUGGGGACAAUAAAAGGCCAUUCUAAAAUGUGCAGUUUUGUCAAACAACACAAUGCCGCAGAUGUCUGAAGUUUUGAGGGAGUUUUGCAAUUGGCAUACUGACUGCAGGAAUGUCCACCAGAGCUGUUGCCAGAGAAUUUAAUGUUAAUUUAUCUACCAUAAGCCGUAUCCAACGUUGUUUUAGAGAAUUUGACAGUACGUCCAAACCGGUCUCACAACUGCAGACCACGUGUAACCACGCCAGCCCAGGACAUCCACAUCCGGCUUCUUCACCUGCGGGAUCUUCUAAGACCAGCCACCUGGACAGCUGAUGAAACUGUGGGUUUGCACAACCGAAGAAUGUCUCCACAAACUGUCAGAAACCAUCUCAUGGAAGCUCAUCUGCAUGCUCAUCAUCCUCACCAGGGUCUUGACCUGACUGGUGUUCGGCAUCGUAACCGACUUCAGUGGGCAAAUGCUCACCUUCGAUGGCCACUGGCACGCUGGAGAAGUGUGCUCUUCACAGAUGAAUCCCGGUUUCAACUGUAUCGGGCAGAUGGCAAACAGCGAGUAUGGCGUCGUGUGGGUGAGCGGUUUGCUGAUGUCAACGUUGUGAAACGAGUGCCCUGUGGUGGUGGGGUUAUGGUAUGGGCAGGCAUAAGCUACAGACAAUGAACACAAUUGCAUUUUAUCUAUGGCAAUUUGAAUGCACAGAGAUACCGUGACGAGAUCCUAAGGCCCAUUGUCGUGCCAUUCAUCCGCCACCAUCACCUCAUGUUUCAGCCUGGUAAUGCACGGCCCCACGUCGCAACGAUCUGUACACAAUUCCUGGAAGCUGAAAAUGUCCCAGUUCUUCCAUGGUCUGCAUAUUCACCAGACAUGUCACCCAUUGAGUAUGUUUGGGAUGCUCUGGAUCAACGUGUACCCGCCAAUAUCCAGCAACUUUGCACAGCCAUUGAAGAGGAGUGGGACAACUUUUCACAGGCCACAAUCAACAGCCUGAUCAACUCUAUGCGAAGGAGAUGUUGCGCUGCAUGAGGCAAAUGGUGGUCACACCAGAUACUGACUGGUUUUCUGAUCCACAGGUUUUUUUUUUUUUAAGGUAUCUGUGACCAACAGAUGCAUAUCUGUAUUCCCAGUCAUGUGAAAUCCAUAGAUUAGGGCCUAAUGAAUUUAUUUCAAUUCCUUAUAUGAACCAUAACUCAGUAAAAUCUUUGAAAUUGUUGCAUGUUGCAUUUUAUAUUUGUAUUCAGUGUAGUAACACGAAAACUGUACAUUGAGGCUGCAAGGCUUCCACAAUAACCCACAUCCCAUGCAUAUGUCCCUUGAUCAUGUAUUUCACGCUUCCUACAGUACAACUCCUUUGAGAAGCUAAGGCUCUUUGGUUGUCAGGGGAGGGAGAAACCAUACGAGUCUUGAGUGUGAGACAUAUAGUUUAUUUCUCUUAAACCCCAAUACCCAUUGAGCCCAGUAGCACAGUGAGCGGCUGCUAUACCUGAAUACAUUUGGUGACACACUUUCAUUUCAGGAGGCUUGCCAGACGAUGCAAUAAUCAGGUAAGACCUGCGUACCGAGGUAGUGCUCAUGAGCCUUGAAGCUGUUGCUUAGAUUCUGUUGUGGUGAAUGUAAAGGAAAAGUGGAUUCACUUGAUCUAAUUACUACCUGCACAUUAGGAACUAGGAAAGUGAACACCUACCUGAUUGAUCAAAGAUGAUCACGUACAUAGGUGCAUUCAUAGGACACAGAAAUUCUUGCGCAUUCUGACAUUGUUACAUAAUUUGUAUCUCUUCUCUGAAUGGAACCCUCUGAUCUCAUAGAAUUCUGGUUUCCCGGGGAACAAGGAAACAAAGUAUUUAAAGCAUGCAAUAUUUUAGUCCUUCAAGAGCUCAUAACAGAACUGUACACAAAACUGUAGAUGGGGAAAAUCCAAUGGACUUUGUUGUGAAGAAGAUUGAAGGUAAAUUUACAGCUAAGUAAUUAAUCUGAUAGUUGAGUGGGAUGUUUGUUUAUGCAAACAUUUAUGGAUACAGUCAACACACUUGCUGAUAAAAUCAAAUGACUAUCUGAGCUAAUGUUGGCUUGCUAUUUAUCUGGCCCUGAAUGCACAUGCAGCAUGCUCUCAAUUGCAGCAAUACUCUCUCGUAUCUCAAUGUAAUGUUUAGAAUUUAAACAAAUUCUCUGUUUGUUCUGAUGUAGCCUUGCUUAUUUAAAUGUGUAACACUUCAAAUAGUAUUUUUUGCCUUUUGUCAUGGCCACUGAGUGUUUCAGUAAUGUGUCUACAUCCGUCUGACUAGAGCUGGAUAUAUCCAGGUAUCACACGAAGGGACACUAUAGGAAGCUUGGCUCGCCAAAGAAUGAUACCACAGAUGACCUUACUGAUAACACUAGGACUGCAGAGAGAGGUAAAUGAUUAUACUGGCAUUGGUAUCCACAAAAUAUGUAGCCUACAUAUUUUUGCAAAUUCUUGUGCUAGAGGAAUGGACAUUAUAAACAUUUAUCUGGAAAAGGAAUGCUUGUUCUGACACUUCUGAUAAAAUCAUCUCUUGUUAAGCGACAAUAUAGCAUUCAAUAUUAUUUUGAUUUUAUCUAGUUCAUCGAAAAUGUUAAUCACAGUGAAAUGUUGAGAUUGGGUUCCCUUUGUGACAUCACUGUUCUAGAAGGCCUGGGAUGAUGAUGCACAUGAUGAUUGCUCAAGUGUUAUAAUAAUAAUAAUAAUAAUAAUUUAUUACAUUUUUUUUCAUAUAAUUUAUUAAUGAACAGUUAUCAUCUACUCAAAGUAGCUGUUGAAACAGUGUAGGCAGGAUUCACUAAAGGUCAUGAGUGUGGACACUAAGGAGGAAUAAGAACAAAAAUACAAAUAUUGUCAUACUCUUUCAUGUUUUCAGAUUGCUGCCCUUAUGACACUAGUCAUGUUAUGAUGUAAUGUCGACAUAUAAAAGUGUUUAUCAGGGAGACAUGACAAUGACGUGGACAUUUCUGAAGGGGAAACUGGUAAUCGAUCUUGGUAAAAGUACAGAUAGACUCAAUGGAUUUAUCCAUUAGAUGUUGCUGCUUGAUGAAGGUCAUAACCUUAGUGAACUGUAGUUCGUCAAACCCAUUUCCACCUCUAGCUGUGGAGCAAAUGAGUAACCUUUUCCACUCACUUCCACCCCUGAAAACACUCCAACCAUUUCCAUUUAGACUGACUUUUAAGAGGCCAUGCAGACAUGAUUUUUCUUUCAUUGAUUCAAUUUUAGACCUCUAAUGAAGCCUUGGAAUUGAAAACUGCCUGCUGUCUGUACAGGUUGUGAGAGUCUCAGACUGCCUGAAGGUGCAUUCAAAGGCUAUAGAGACAACUCCCUCCAGACUCAACCCCAGUCUCUCCAGGCUCGGCACCACCAACCUGGGCAGCAGCCAGUACCGCGCCAGUAGGUCCGACCACCACCUCCACCAAGACACCAUGGUCCAUAGCUACUCCCUCAACCCGGACACUCCAACCCUGGCAGUGUCCAGCAGUUCGAACGGCACCGACCCUCACCCCCAGCCGCCAAAGACCAUGUGCUACCACCACAGCUCCGACUCCCAGAGGUCACUGUGCAGCGAGGUGGAUCCUCUCUUCAUCCGCAAGGUCACGGCUGCAGAACUAGUCUGCGGAGAGAGGAAGUACAGGUGCUCUGGCUGCCUGAGGUACUACGACCACCUGGGGACCCUGCUGGGUCACAUCGACCAGGGCUGGAAGGAGGGCUUCAGCUGCAGGGUGUUCUACGGGAAGCUGAAGACCAUGCAGGACUGCAGGCCCAUACUCAUGAUGAGUUGCCAGAGCAAGGAGGCCCGUCCCUGGAUAUCGACCCUAAGCUCUCCAGCUCCUCCAUCACGCGCCUGGGGUCGGCCUCGCUGGCCCUGGCCCACCAUCCGACCAACGUUGACGGGAGGAAGGGUCCUGGGACAAGAAGGCAGACAUGAUCCACAAGUGGCUGCAGAAGACAGAAGUGACAGCAUCGCUUCACUGAGGCAGUUGAUUGGAACAUGUGUGUACUGUUUAAUUGUUGCUGUAUUGUCUAGGUGUUUGAAACUGAGUGUGUUGAAAAUAAAUGAAUGAAUACAUGAACAUAAUAUAAGUGUCCUACUUCCCAGUUGAAUGUGUUUUACUCAGAGUUUAGGAUAUCUGAAAUUAUCUUAAAGGCACAGUGCAGUCCAAAAUGUGAUUUUCCUGUGUUUUAUAUAUAUUUCCACACUAUGAGGUUGGAAUAACACUGUGAAAAUUAUGAUAAUACCAUUUUAGUGUAAGAGCUGGUUUGAAAAGACCACCAGAAAAUGUUGCCUGUUUUGCUGGGAUGGAGUUUUGCCCUUCCAUGGUGACAUCACCAUCAGGUAAAUUAGUUAAUAGACCAAUAAGAAAGACAGUUCCAAACCGCUCUGCCAAUAACAGCAAUUCUUCAGUUUUCCCCUCCCAACUCAGACCACAGUCCUAGCAAAAUUCUUGCUUGAGAAAUGUAUUUCAUAUUGACAUUAAACGGAUGCAAUGGACCUUUAAUAUACAAUGUGGAAACUCUAUUUUGUCAUUUAGAGAUGAGAAUAGGUUUUCAUUCACAAAGGUUAAAGUCUCCUUGCAUUCAUAUCUUCCAUGUAGAAAGCCCUGCUUGUAGUUUAUGCCAUCAUCUACUGGUAUUUAAUCUGAGAAGCAUCUCCAUGGUGACGGAGAGAUGAACAGUCAGAACACAUAUCACACUUGCUCACCAAAGUCUGGAGUCUAUGGCUCUUCUUACCCCAAAGCGAAUGGACAUGGCAGAGCCAAUGCAGAUGACACAUAAUGACAAGCCUGUGUAGGAGAUUUACAUUUAUUCAGAUGUGUUGGCUAAAAAUAGGGAGACGCUCAAAUGUGAUUACUCCAUUAACGUUACAUGCAGCGCCUUGGGAUUUAAUUCACACCUCUGAGAAAUGUGAGCAUACAAAACGAGAUUAUAAAACAGAAACAAAUAUAUAAAUAAGUCUGAUAAUCCAUUUCCAUGUGCUAAACAUUCAAUGUGAAAGGAUGUUUUAAGAAAAAACAUGUUUUUCUCACAAAUGCUCUAGUUUGUGAAUUUUCCAGCCUCCUCUGUCACACACAUUGACAAAACUGUUUUGUAGUUUUCUUCUAGCUAGGUUAGAGCACUUCUCCAGUUCCUUCAUAAAUGCCAGAUGUUUUCAAUAGGCUGCUUUCUUGAGUUUAGCCUACCUCUCAAAUGCUGUACUGAAUAGAAAUCUGAAAAGCGCAAAGGCCAGUCAGGAGCAUUGAUUUGUGUUCACCUAGCAAUGUCUUUAUAGAUCAGGGUUCUUCAUAUGCGUUCCCCUCAUUUCUUGUUCUCUCUCCCAGCCUCAGUGAGAUGGCCACCCUCCCUCACGGUUUUGAGGACAGCAGGGCCGCACUUCCGACAGACCCAGUCCAUCCCUGCUCACCCUCCCUGCAUCACCCUGAAGCACACCCCACCCGGCCCUCAUGGACAGGGACAGGGACAUCCACCACAUCCACCUCAGCCUUCAGCCAAGGAGCGGUCCAAGUCGGUGGAGCCCAGAUACGAGCCCUGCCACCUGGACUUUAACUUCUUGCGCAUGGCCUCUACCAUGGAGCAGGUAGAGGGGGAGCUCCAGUACCGGUGCGCUGGGUGCCUGUUGCUCUACACCAGCCUGGCCGCACUGCAGAACCACAUCGGCCUCAGCUGGAUGGAUGGCUUCAGCUGCCGCGUCUUCUACAGGAAGCUGAGGGAGAUCCGCAACAGGGACGAACCCAGGAAGCUCCACGAGAGGGUCCAAACGAGUAGUGUUGCCGAGAAGCAGCUGAGGCCACCCACGUGCGGGGCAGCGCUGGGCCUUGCUAGAGGGGGUAUGAGUGGAGGGCAGACAGGGCUGAAGCAGGGAGCUCUUCCUGGAGCUGCAGGAAGGAAGGACCAGGGGGUGCCCAGCCAGAGGUUGACUCUGGAGUCGGUGGAGACAAUAAGAAGGAACACGGUGGUUCACAAGUGGCUGAAUGAGAUCGAAUGUUACCCCAUCCCUGAUGUCACCCCAUCACCAGAAAGUACAUAAAAGCAUCCCUCUUUUUGAUUCCCCAGUUUCACUGAAUGAGAAAGACUAUUGGCAUUGAAUGAAAGACUAUUGGCAUUGAAUGAACGACUAUUGGCAUUGAAUGAAAGACUUUUGGCAUUGAAUGAACGACUAUUGGCAUUGAAUGAACGACUAUUGGCAUUGAAUGAAAGACUUUUGGCAUUGAAUGAACGACUAUUGGCAUUGAAUGAACGACUAUUGGCAUUGAAUGAAAGACUUUUGGCAUUCAAAUAAAGACUAUUGGCAUUGAAUGAAAUACUAUUGGCAUUGCAUUUCUCAGUGUAAAGGUGUAAUUGCUGUCCUUAGAGGAUUUGCUCUGGGACGGUGGGACUGGUAUGUGUUUUUCACAAGCAGAUCAGUUGCUGUCUGUGUUCAUGCAUGUGUGAAUUAAAAUAGCAUCACUGCUGACCAGAGUGCAGUCUUUAAUUUCUUCAGCUGGUCUCUCAUACCGUGAGCAUGCAUCCUCCUCAUACCAGCCCCUGGCCACUAUUUAGUUUUUUUCUCAUUUGUUUCUCCUUCUGCUCAAUUGAAAGUAUGAGCAACAUUAUACAUAUUCAGGCUUAUAGGAUUUUAGAGUGUUUUAGAAAAUAAUUUGCUUGCCAUGUAAUUAAUUAUUCUAGCCUAUUAAUCUUAUCUAGUGUAGCAGAGGCAGAGAGGACGAGGAGCUGUGGAAUCAACCAAGCUCAAGGCCAGCCAUUCCAGUAAGAGAGCACAACUUUAAUUUUCCUCAGAUAUGCGCCAUAGGCCUAUCCAGCUGUAGGAAGAUUUUUCAUACAAAAUUCAUCAUUGGCAAAAUGAUUGGUUUAAUGGUUGGUUUAUAAAAUGACAAACAAUUGUUUGUUUAAGCGAUGUAGUCUAUGGUCAUUGCGUUGUUGAUGGUGGUAACUUUAGAAUAUUUUUCCUUUUACUGGGUGUUGAAAGGCGAUGUUGCUAUCAUAUUUCAUGGUUACAUUACACACAAAAUCCUUCCAGCCACUUAGAAAAAUCUGUUGCACCAAGCCUGUAUCUGAGCCUGCAGUGUAUUCCCACAACAUCUUGUGAAAUGGACCAUGUGGUACCACAGAGACACACAUCCAGUGGGGUUUUAAAAGCACAGUGGUUACAGAGUACAGCUGAGGUCCCUGUCUGACUACCAGAGAGAGAGAGACAAAGAUAAAUAUACAUCUCCUCAGUGCAGUAGGUGGGGAGUGUUGAUGAGCAUGGUGUGGGCAGGGGGUGCCGGUGCCUAGCCAAAGUCAAGUAACCUUUUCCAAGGGGGGUGAUUGAUUGGGCUCAUCACUGGGGGGCGCCGGAACAUUCUCAGUUGAAGGAGACAAGGGAGGCAGGAAGCUCACACAAACAGUCAGAGAUAAGUGCGAAUAUGGUAUGACCCAGAGGCCUCAUUUAUAGCCAUUGCAUACAUUUGACAAAACAUUUCUGCUUUCUCCAUUUCUAAAAAGUCUUUGCACAUACAAAAAUUUUGAGAUUUAUAAACUUGCCUCGCACAAUACAUACGCAUGUUUCCCGUUAUAAACCCGACCUGUCGUAAAACUGUGAGGGUAUGAACAAGCAUUAACGCUCCCAGCCUGGAAAAUGCCUCCAUUCACCUUUUAUGGUGACAAAACGCCCUUUAUUUGUUGUGUAAUUUGGAAUUAUUGGCAUUAUUAGGCCACGACAUGCAAAAGACAAAUUGUUGUUCAAUAUUUAGUUUAUCAAUAGAUUAUUGGGUUUCUAUGUCCUGCCUUUGUAAUGAAUACUCGGGGAGAAAAAGGUGUAGAUUCACACGCAGAGCUUGCAGCAGGUGUUUAUUUCGCCUUCACAGAAGGCAGGAAUCAUGGUCACAGGCAGGCAAUGGUCAUACACAGGUAGGCAAACAGGCCGGAGAAUCAAAAACUAGGACUGAAGGCUAUAACUGGUUCUCACAAACGAGCUAGGAAAAGGCUUAGUAGAGUCAAAACGAACAAUACCUCACGAGGCACAAACAGAAAGAACUGAGCUAAAUAAGGAGCUGAUGAGACCAGGUGAGUAACUAACACAGGUGAAAUCAAUGAACCAAAAUGAAAGACAGGGCUACGUUCAAGAACACAAAGAAACAGGGCUACGUUCAAGAACACAAAGAAACAGGGCUACGUUCAAGAACACAAAGAAACAGGGCUACGUUCAAGAACACAAAGAAACAGGGCUACGUUCAAGAACACAAGGUGAACUAAGAAAAUAAAUACAGAACCUUACAGCCUUGGUGUAGGCUCUGAGAUUAAAUAGGCAAUGAUGUCGCGCUUCUAUCGCUCAGCAAUACUGUAGCCUACCCAUGCUGUCAUAUUUUACAUAAACUACUGGUCUAUUUACUGUGAUGGCAGAAUGUUUUAGUCUUUAGCAGUAAUUGAUGCUGUAUCUGGUAAAGAACUGUCAGUUUCUGAAAGAGACAACAAUGGCAUAUUGUCGUGGACCUGUCAGCAGAACGUUUGAAUUCAACAUUGUUUUAUAUCGACUUCUACCCAAACCUAAAUAUGAGGUACUAAAACCUUGUAGGGCAGGAAAAAAAAACUGUAGUUACAGAUCUAUUUCUUGUGUGUUUUUGUUCUACUUUACUUUGUUAUUUAGUAUUUCUUUAAGCAGGCUACUAUUGAUAUUGAUUACUGCAUUGUUGGGAGAGAGCAGGCAAGAAAGGCCUUUCACUGUACUUGACAAUAAAUGUUAAACUUGAUACAUAGGCCUGCUUCAACGUAAUCAGCUGUUCACUAUCUGUGCAUCUGUGGGGUAGCAUGAGGACUUGAGGCCAACUCAAAGUCAAUGAUUUGGUUAGAAUGUAACACAAUUACGUUAAGCGCUUGUCUUUUCUCCUCCGUAGUUUUCUAAACAAUGUCGCUGGAGAUUUUUUUUAACACUUUGCAUGUAACAGAAUGCAAGACCAUAGGCAUCCUGUCAGGGGGUACGAAGCGUCAGGAGUCAGACAAAAUGGUGCAGUAG